CACUGUUACUGCGAUGAUAUGUUGUUCAGAUUGAAAGUUGGACUAAGGAAGUAUAUUUUAGGGAAUUGAGGAUUUAUUAAACAUAAUAAGCGUUCUAAUGAAAAUGCAGUAAAUUAGAAACAUUAAUGGACUAUUAUAAUUACUGGAUAUCCUAAAACAUUUUUGCAACGAAAUUUAAUUGAAAACUUUAAAAGACUAUCAAUUACUUCGAGACGAAAUGGAUUUAACUUCGGUUGAUUAGCAUAAGCGAAAUAUCUCAAAUAUUUUUUUAUUCUUCACAUUAUACACAAUAUGCAAAUGUAAUAAAAUUUAAGUCGUACCAAAUUACUUUACGUUUGUGAACUCCUGACAAUAUGGACUGGAAUAAAAAACAUCUGAAUUUAAAUGAGAGCACUGAGUUUGAAUCACUCAUAACAAUUGAGCCAAUGGAAGUGAACAAUAUUAUAAAGGAUCCACUAAAUUUAACCUUCGAAGAAUAUGAAACUUCGCAAAUAUCUGAUUCAGUUCAUGUAUUCCCGAGUGAACCACGUGGAGUAUUAAAAAAGAAACCUCGUUUCGCUGUUCCAACUAUUAUUGAAAGUGAAGUUGAAAAGGAAGAUGUAACUGACAAAGUAAAAUCUUUUAUCAAUGAAAAUGAACUAGUUGAACAAAUGGACAAUAUUUCGUUUGAGGAGUAUUCCGAAAAAGUAACUGAUUUAGAAUGUCAAGAAAUAUGUUCAAUUACCGAACAGAAUGCUCGUUUAGAUCAAUUAACUUCACGAAUUUUUGCCACUAUUCUACCGGAAAAUGUACCUGUUGAACAGUCGAAACAAGAUGUGAAACAGGCAUAUAAACGUUUAAAUAUGAUAACAAAUGGUGCACAAGUUUUGGUAUUCAAUUGUUCACAAACUAAUUUACGUUUGGACAGAAUAUUUCAAAAAGUUCAAAAUUGCGUAUUCUCUUUAACAAGCUUUCCUAAUUUAGCAACAAUGGUUGUAUUUUGUCAAAAAGUUUAUGAUUGGUUAGCACUAGACGAAUAUCACAUAAUUCUACUUCAUGCUGAAGGUGAACAAGCAAAAAUUCGUUUAAUGUUACUUGUUCUUGCAUUGGAUUCAUUCUAUGGAUCAAUUAAUAAAUACCGGAAUCACGAAAAUUACUCUCUACGACGUUAUAUCUCCUCCCAUCUUAAUGGCUUCUCUCAUGUUCCGGUUGGUUGGAUGAGAUACGCUGGUUAUAUGGAAAUAUUCUCACCAACUAACAGUUUAUACAUUCUACGUGCACCAUUACAUAUCUAUCAAAUAUAUUUAUAUAAUUUUCCUGUUUUUGAAAAAAAUAAAUUAAGGUUAUACUUUAAAUUCUAUACUGGUUCUCCUCCUGUACAUAUGUAUACUACUAACCUUUACGAAUACGAACGAACUGAUUCUGCAAAUCUUGUGUUGAAUUUCCAAUCUGACUCCAAUCGUAAUAUUGGUCUACAAUUGAGUGGUGAUAUUAUAAUAUUGGCCUACCAUUCCAGAAGUUAUCCUUUGAAACGUAUUCGACUAUUUCGAAUUCAUAUACAUUCCUGUCAAGGGAUCGAGGAUUGGAUACGAUUUGUACCAAAUGACUUUGAAGAAAUUUCGGGAUCUUUCCCUUCCUCGAUGAGCUUAAUUCUAAACCUUACUUCGAAACCCAUUCCAUUAACUGCUGAUGUUUCAGAAAAAGUCCAAAUAAAAAUAGAAAAUAUAUCGAAACAAAAAACUGUAUUUAAUAGUCAUUCAGCUAACUUGCUUGAUGUUCAAAACAAUCCUGAAGAUCGUUCACGUUUACAUGAUUCAUUAGAAAAUUUAUCGGAAUCAAUUAGAUCACGUCAAUUACCAUUAAGAUUAGCCCCGUGUUUAAAUAAAAAAAAUCAUUUUGAUUAUUUAGUUGCUGAUACAAAAUUGGAUUCAACUUUAUGCACCUCCAAAUUAUCACAUAUAGAUGAUAGUAGAAUAAAUAAUCGUGAUGCGUUACAUAAUGAUCAAAAAAUGAAAAGUUGUUUGGAUCCAUGGAUAAAGACGAGUAUAAGUCAGCGAAUUAACUCAAGAGCUUAUGAAUGUUUAGACUCUGGACUUGAGGGUGUACAAGAAGAAUUCGAUAAUGUGACUGACCAGGAUGAAGAAAUUGACUGCACAGAUGGUAAUCAAAAUAAUAAUGAAAUAAGAAACCCCAUAAAUAAAAACAUUCAAUCAGAAACUGAUUCUCUAGAGUCAAAUAAUACUGAUCCAAGUGACAGAAGACAAGAAUCUGAAUCAUCAUCUUCAUCAUUAUCACUCAAGAAAUUACGUCCUAAAUAUUUAUUUCACAUUGGGAAAUCGAAACAUAAAAAUACUGAGUCUGUAAACGAUCUCCAAAUUGUUAGCACAACGAAACCGAAAUCCGAAAAGUAUUGCAAUGAACAAGAAUCUAUGCCUCCACCAUCUAGUACUACUGUCUUAAAAUAUUCCAAGAAACAUAAAACUAUUGCCACCCGUAUUAUCAAUUUUUUCUCAGCUCAUUCUAAACAUCGUAAAAUAGACAGCAAUCAGUCAAUUAAUGAUUCUUCAAUUCACUCAUCUGAUUCACCAAACAACAUUAACCACCUAGAUUACGAUGAUUCGUCAGAAUUAAGUUUAGGUCAACAAUCAUCCGGUGAAAUUUCAACCAGUAAAAGAAUUAAUCAAAAAACACAAGCAUGCACCCGUGGUAUUCCAACUGACAAACUUGGUCCUCCUUGUAAAACUCGGAAAUUAAUAUCUGUUGGCACUUCUACACACUGGACUGAGCCUGUACAAACUUUCUAUCCAACAGAAGAUUUAGUCGAAGCAGCACGUUAUCUUAACAUCAUGGCCGGAACACAAGAACUUGAUCGUUUAUUGGAAGAAUUACGCUUAACAAGUAUGAAUAUGGCCGCCGGUCUUCCUCCUCCAUCUAAUACUCAUUAUAAUUCCAAACCAUAUUAUUCUUCACAAACAUCACGAAAACAAUUGUUUCAUGAUGAAGUUUAUCCAGAUCAUCGAUAUGCUCCGAGUAGUAGGUCUGCUUCGGUCACUGGUUACAAUACUGACGCACAUAAUUUUAAUGAUUCUUUACACUCAAAUUAUCACAAACAUUCAACCUUUUAUUCAGAUCGAAUAGAUAAUAUUGGAAAAAGUACCAGUAAAUUUAAUUCCUCUUUUUCAACACCUCCGCGACAUCAGUCGGUAUUUACGACAACACUGAAACAACGUCCACCUGUUGCUCCUCGAAAAUUCAAUCAAAUUCAUUUAACUAUUGAUCCUGACUGUGGAACCACAGACGCACAAUCCGCUGUUUCAGUUCGUCUUGAAAAUAGUCAUGACUCUUUUAGACGUGAAAAAAAACUUGAAAAUGAUUUACAAACAGCAAGAGAAGAAUUAGCUAAUCUUAGACGUGCAAUGAGUUUAGUUGAUGAAAGACAUCAACGUAUUGAAAAUAUAAAUGAUUCUAGAAAUCUAAUUUCACCAAGUCAUUCAGUACCAAGACGAUCACCAAAUAUGGAAACACAACAAUAUUUAAGUACAAGUUCGUCAUUUCAACGAUCUUAUCAAGUACAACAGCACAGUACUCCAGGAAGUGUCAAUUCAUAUCAACAAAGAACGUAUCCUAGGAAAGAGCCAACAUCUAUUUACAAAUCACAAAUUAUUUCAAAUGAUGGAAAUUUCUCAGCUCCUAAACGUGCAAUUAGUCAUACAAAUGUUUAUGGUCCACGAUCAUGGAAUUUACGAUCAUAUCAAGGAUCUGAGUCUGAUUUAGCAUAUAAACGUGAAAUGUUAUCAUCAUCAUCUUCACGUUUGGCACGUAGUGGUUAUUCAGCCAGACGAGAACGUUUGAAACAAGAACGUGAACAAGAAUUAUUAAGGCAGACAAGAUUAAGACAAAUGGCUGCUUCAUCAACUGGACUACAUGAUCACCGUCAUUAUCAACAAUCUAAUGUCCAACAACAACAUUACCGUUCAACUUCAGCAGUUAAUGAAAUCGGUCGAAAGGAGAUAAUCCAAAAGAGAUCUAUGGGAAAUACUGAAGCCUUUGAAGAAUUCGAAACAAUUACACUACAACCAAUAGGUCGAGGUGUACAAGAUCUUGAUUCACAUGUCGGAUCAAUGACAACACUUGCACGAGGAGGUGGUGCUUCGUCUAUGAUUGAAGGUUUAAGUCAAAUUGAUGAUCAUCAACCUCCACGAGCAAGCUCACGUACAAGUUUAUCACGACAACCAUUUGCUUCAACUCAAUAUCUCAAUAAACAAAAUUAUAAUCAUGAUGGAGAACAGACAAUUUUCAUUAAUCGUGUUCAACCAACAUCAAGUACCCCAGUUCAAAGUUAUCCACCCAGUAGACUUGGUACACAAUCUGUCUAUUCAGAUCAUAUUACUGUCUCAACUACUCCACAAACAGUAACUGCUCCGACGAAAGUUGUCAGUAAUUUGAAUGUUUUGACAAACACUAGAAAAACGAGUGAACUUACCGAAGUCCCUAUGCAAAAUGGAUGGAAAUCUGAGAAACCUAAACAAGAUACAGUAGAUAGUGGUAAUAUGCCUCAAGUGAUUGCAACUGCACGUGUUUGGUAUCAACCUAAAUUAUCCAGAGAAGAAGCUAUAAGUAUUUUACGUCAACAAGUCCCUGGAAGUUUUCUUAUUCGUGAUAGUACAACAUACAAAGAUGCUUUUGGUUUAGCAGUCAAGGUUGCUACACUUCCACCAAAAGUUACACCAAAAUCUAAUGAUCUUCAAUCUGAACUAGUUAGACAUUAUUUGAUAGAAGCGGUUAAUACACCUACUAAAGGUGUACGCCUUAAAGGUUUUGCAAGUGAACCAGUAUUUCCAAGUUUAGCUGCCCUAAUCAACCGGCACACACAAGAUGCUUUAGCAUUACCUUGUCGAUUAAUUCUCCCAGCCAUUCCAACUACACCGUUACCACAUGGAUAUAAGCCUCCACCACAAAUUGUAACUGGCUUACCACCGAAUACUACGGAUACAACAAUAAGUAAUCAUAUUUCACAAUCGAAUAAUCAAUAUAUUUCGAAAGUUGACAGUGCUACUGGGCCAGUUUCAGAAUUAGGCUCUGUUAUAAUGGAUAAUGUGGAAAUUGAUUGUACAAAAUCAGUUACCAAUACUUCUACAAUGGGUAUAGAAGGUCUGCCAUUCGAAUGUGUAAUUAAAGAUGAACAUCAUAAACCAGUGAUGUCGCAAAGUCUGCUUAAUCAAGGCAUGACAUAUAGAUGUUUCAUGUUAGGAUCGGUAGAUACUCCACAGUGGAAUAAUGAACUAUGUUUCUCAAGAGCAGUUGACCAAUUAAUUCCAUUGGAAACUUUAACAGCAUCUGAGUGUGAUCAUGGUAUUAGUCGUGUUCGAUAUUCAGAUAUUCAAUUACAUGUUAGCGCACACGAUGGAAUUACAAUUAUAGAUUUACUAAGACGGUUAUUCCUUCGACGUCAUCUUCCCAAUAAUAUAUUAUUGUAUUGUGGUAUAGAAACUCGAAAAAAAGAAUUUAUUCAUCCCGAACAUCAAAAUCAUGGUAUACGAAAUCCUAAAAUCUUUGGAUUAGUUGUUCGUAAAGGAAUUAGUGAAUGUACAUGUCAUAUAUUUUCUGAAUGUGAUCCAGUUCAUUCAGCUGAAUCUAUUGUGAAUUAUAUACGAACUAUCUAUCCUCAUUUAAAGAGUUAAUUUUAAAAUUAAA